CAUUGAAGGAAAAUUGUAAGAAUGGCUAAGAAUGAGUACAAGGAAAGAGAUUCUGAGUUUUUCAUGAAUAAGAUCAAUGAGAACGAAGAAGAACAGGACAUAGAAGCUAUCGGGUACCAUAGUGAUAUUAAUGAUCAGUGUGGCAGUGACAAUGAGGGGAAUCGUAGAACAGAACCUCAUUCUUCCUCUUCUCAGAUAUGGCCUCAAAGUUACAGAGAAGCCACUGAUUCUUAUUCAAUUUCUGCUGCUCCAAAUCUUGAAUCAAUUAUACGAGCACCGAGUGUGAUUUAUUCAAGCUUUAUUGGUGGCGGUGGUUUUGGUGGUGCUGGUUUUGGUUCAAAGAGUUACUUAGAACACGACGAAAGGACUUCUUUUUUAUCUGGUGAGGAACUCGCUAAUCAAGGGAUCACAAGAAGGCAAUCAACAUGGUGGGAGAAAGCUUCAAUUCAAAUGCAAAUUCCUGAAGAAUUACCUGUUGGUUAUGGAUGUAGCCUCACUCAAACAAUAUUUAAUGGGAUUAAUGUGAUGGCUGGAGUUGGCCUUCUAUCUACACCUUAUACGGUGAAACAAGCUGGGUGGGCUGGUUUGGUUGUGAUGCUUUUUUUUGCACUUGUAUGUUGUUAUACAGCAGACCUUAUGAAACACUGCUUUGAAAGCAGAGAAGGGAUCAUUAGCUAUCCAGAUAUAGGACAAGCUGCAUUUGGAAGAUAUGGCAGACUUAUUGUAUCAAUCAUUUUGUACACUGAGUUAUAUUCAUAUUGUGUGGAGUUUAUCAUCUUGGAAGGAGAUAACCUCACCAGGCUGUUUCCUGGAACAUCCUUACACUGGGGAAGUUUCCAGUUAGACUCCAAACACUUGUUUGGAAUUUUAACAGCACUUGUCAUUCUUCCAACAGUUUGGUUGAGGGAUCUUCGCAUAAUCUCCUAUCUCUCAGCUGGAGGGGUUGUUGCUACAGCAUUGAUUACUAUAUGUGUGUUUUUGGUUGGGACAACAGAUUCUGUUGGAUUCCAUCUCACUGGUCCAUUGGUGAAAUGGAGUGGCAUGCCCUUUGCUUUUGGUAUCUACGGAUUUUGCUUUGCAGGACAUUCAGUUUUUCCAAACAUUUAUCAGUCUAUGGCUGACAAAAGAGAAUUUACCAAGGCAGUGAUUGCAAGUUUUAUUUUAUGCAUAUUCAUAUAUGGAAGUGUUGCAGUCAUGGGAUAUCUCAUGUUUGGUGAAGGGACUUUGUCUCAGAUAACAUUGAAUCUACCACCAGAUGCAUUUGCUUCCAAAGUUGCCUUGUGGACAAUAGUAAUUAGCCCAUUGACCAAAUAUGCUUUGAUGAUGAACCCACUAGCAAGGAGUGUUGAGGAGUUGCUGCCGGAUAGCAUUUCAAGUACUUAUUGGUGUUUCAUUGCUCUUAGAACAGUACUGGUUAUAUCUACAGUUGGUGCUGCUUUUCUGAUUCCAUUUUUUGGGCUUGUGAUGGCUUUAAUUGGUUCUCUCCUCAGUGUACUAGUGGCAGUGGUAAUGCCAGCUUUAUGUUUCCUGAAAAUUGUGGGGAAAAAAGCAACAAGUACACAGGUUACUCUUAGCGUCAUAAUUGCCGCAUGCGGAAUCAUUAGUGCUUUGAUUGGAACAUAUUCAUCUAUCAAAAAUUGUGCAGAAUGAGAGUCACUGAGAUCUUCAUCAGUGUUUCAGCGCAGAUAUCUUGCCAUUUUUGAAUUAUUAUGAUGACAAUAAGACCUUGUUCUCUCCUGAACCCUACGUGGCAAGGUUCAAGUUUUUUUUUAUUAUUGACUGCAUAUUCAUAGAAAAUUGAACUGAAUCGAAGGUCAACGUUGAAAUAUCCAUGACUACAUUGUUUGUAUCUAUUGCUGACUAGCACCUCCAUGGCCCCAUAAUUAUUUGGUAUUGAAUUAGCGAACUCAUUUCUUUUGCUUAUUUUUCA